CGACAGCCACGGGUGUAUAACGGCGCGGCCCUGACGCCAGCAGACUCUGCGGCGUGCUUCUCGGGCGCUCGCGCGUUCCCCCGCCAUGGCCGACUACCUGAUCAGCGGGGGCACGUCCUACGUGCCUGACGACGGGCUCACGGCGCAGCAGCUGUUCAACUGCGGGGACGGCCUCACCUACAAUGACUUUCUCAUUCUCCCCGGAUACAUCGACUUCACUGCAGACCAGGUGGACCUGACCUCUGCUCUGACCAAAAAGAUCACCCUGAAGACCCCCCUGGUGUCCUCCCCCAUGGACACGGUCACGGAAGCGGGGAUGGCCAUCGCAAUGGCGCUGACAGGUGGCAUUGGCUUCAUCCACCACAACUGCACACCUGAAUUCCAGGCCAACGAAGUCCGGAAAGUGAAGAAAUACGAGCAGGGCUUCAUCACAGACCCCGUGGUGCUCAGCCCCAAGGACCGAGUGCGGGAUGUGUUUGAAGCCAAGGCCCGCCAUGGCUUCUGCGGCAUCCCCAUCACCGACACGGGCCGGAUGGGCAGCCGCCUGGUGGGCAUCAUCUCCUCGCGGGACAUUGACUUUCUCAAGGAGGAGGAGCACGACCGGUUUUUGGAAGAGAUCAUGACGAAGAGGGAGGACCUGGUGGUCGCCCCGGCCGGCAUCACACUGAAGGAGGCAAACGAAAUCCUGCAGCGCAGCAAGAAGGGGAAGCUGCCCAUCGUGAAUGAAGAUGACGAGCUGGUGGCCAUCAUUGCCCGGACAGACUUGAAGAAGAACCGCGACUACCCACUCGCCUCCAAAGACGCCAAGAAGCAGCUGCUGUGUGGGGCGGCCAUUGGCACCCAUGAAGACGACAAGUACCGGCUGGACUUGCUGGCCCAGGCCGGCGUGGACGUGGUCGUGUUGGACUCCUCUCAGGGGAACUCCAUCUUCCAGAUGAACAUGAUCAAGUACAUCAAAGAGAAAUACGCGAGCCUCCAGGUCAUCGGAGGCAAUGUGGUCACCGCGGCUCAGGCCAAGAACCUCAUCGAUGCGGGUGUGGACGCCCUGCGGGUGGGCAUGGGCAGUGGCUCCAUCUGCAUCACCCAGGAAGUGCUGGCCUGUGGUCGGCCCCAAGCCACGGCAGUGUACAAGGUGUCCGAGUACGCGCGGCGCUUUGGCGUUCCCGUCAUCGCUGAUGGAGGAAUCCAAAAUGUGGGCCACAUCGCCAAAGCCUUGGCCCUCGGGGCCUCCACAGUGAUGAUGGGCUCCCUCCUGGCCGCUACCACUGAGGCCCCUGGUGAGUACUUCUUCUCCGAUGGGAUCCGGCUGAAGAAGUACCGCGGUAUGGGCUCUCUCGACGCCAUGGACAAGCAUCUCAGCAGCCAGAACCGCUAUUUCAGUGAAGCUGACAAAAUCAAGGUGGCCCAGGGGGUGUCUGGGGCGGUGCAGGACAAAGGGUCCAUCCACAAGUUUGUCCCCUACCUGAUCGCCGGGAUCCAACACUCCUGCCAGGACAUUGGUGCCAAGAGUUUGACCCAAGUCAGAGCCAUGAUGUACUCUGGGGAGCUCAAGUUCGAGAAGAGAACGUCCUCCGCUCAGGUGGAAGGUGGCGUGCACAGCCUCCAUUCGUAUGAGAAGCGGCUUUUCUGAAAAGGGAUUCCAGCAUGGUUCCUUGGUUUUUCAAUAAAAAAUUGAAAA